ACUUACCAGUUAGACUACAACUCCCAACAAGCACAGCAAAGAAUCAUAAGACUUCCUUUUUAUUACAAAGGUCAUUACACGUAACAAGCUGGCUGAGAUCUUUUGGCCAGCAGUAUGGGGCGGCUGGAUGGGAAAGUAAUACUUCUGUCUGCUGCAGCACAAGGGAUUGGAAAAGCCACUGCUAUCGCUUUUGCUAAAGAAGGAGCCAAAGUCAUUGCUACAGACAUCAAUAAGACUAAGCUGCAAGAACUGGAGAAGCAUCCAGGCAUUCAAAUACGGGUUCUGGAUGUCACCAAAAGGCAACAGAUAGAAGAGCUGGCAGAGGAGAUUGAAAGGAUAGAUGUCCUCUGUAAUAUUGCAGGGUUUGUUCAUCAUGGGACCAUUCUGGAUUGUGAAGAACGAGACUGGAACUUUGCUAUGAACCUCAAUGUUCGCAGCAUGUAUCUAAUGAUCAAGACAUUCCUUCCUAAAAUGAUUAAACAGAAAUCUGGAAAUAUUAUAAAUAUGUCUUCUGUGGCAUCCAGCAUUAAAGGAGUUGUGAACAGAUGUGUAUAUAGUACUUCCAAGGCAGCAGUUAUUGGUCUAACAAAGUCUGUGGCUGCUGAUUUCAUUGAACAAGGGAUCAGAUGCAACUGUGUAUGUCCUGGAACUGUUGACACACCAUCUUUACAGGAAAGAAUCAAAGCCCAAUCUAACCCAGACCAGGCACUGAAAGAUUUCCUAGCCAGACAGAGGAUUGGCAGGAUGGCUACCGCUGAAGAAGUGGCCCAUCUCUUUGUGUACUUGGCUUCUGAGGAAUCUGCCUACAUGACUGGCAAUGAAGUUGUCAUUGAUGGAGGAUGGAGCUUGUGAUCAACUCUACCUGUAGAUGGAAAUCCAUACAAUGAAAGGCAAAAAGUGAAGAUCAUGUUUCUCAGUUAAGAGUUUUCAAAGUUUUAAAUCACUUACAGGAUGUAACCUAGAACAAAUUUGGUGCAUUUCUAUGGUUGUGCGAUCUCAUUCUAUAAUCAGUCUUGUUUUAAGCAAAUCUAAAUGAAAGGAAUUAAUGCCAUCGUUAUUCUCAACCUGGAAAAUAUUUAGAAUUUAAACAUUCACAAUUCUUACCAGCAUUGAGACUAUCCAGAGAAAACAGACUACUUUUAAAGCAGCCAAAAAGUUAUCAAAUUUAAUGUUUAUUUUAAACAACAGAAGAAAGCAGAAGUGGUAUAUGUGAAGGUUGAAAUGAUUUUGUUACUCAUGACAGACAUUUACUUUAAGAGAACACACUAGAUCUUGCAAAUUAUACCUGAAAAUCCAUCCUGCUUUGCAGACUUUCGUUUCUGCUCACUUCUAUCAUUAGCAAAAUGGUUUUUGAAAACAGUAAUGACUAUAGAAAAAUAGUUUGUGUUGGACUGUUGAAAAGAAUCUGACCUGACAUCCAGAGUAGAAGGUACAAGACUGUCAGAGGCUGUUUGGAUAUAUAGUGUAUGGGCAGAAGAAAUUCCUGCACAUAAGGAAUUAGUAUACAUGCACAACUGUUUUCUGCAACUACAAUAUCCAUUUUCCCAUAUACUGGACAAGUUAGACUGUUGAAAUUUUGAACAAGUCAUAGCCCAAAAAGCUAUGACCAUUAGAAGCAGUACAACUGGCUGCCUUGUGGUUCCACAGUGUUUUUUUGUUUAGGCAUAUGAAGAUUAUAGACAUUGUCUUUGUAAAGCAGAGAUGGUAGAAGAUAAAUUGUUAUAAUGCUGUUAAAAGACUAUGCUCUCCGCAUGCUGUAAGCCUUACAGAAUCAGGUAGUUUCGCAGUCAGUUUCAAAAUUAAUACAUUUACUAGUACUAAAGAGGUCUUACUGAGGAGAAACUGAGGCCCAAACUGUUUCAUUAAUGGCAUAACUCACUUUUAAAAUAGUCUUCAAAAUAUUUUAACUGUUUCUUUUAUUUUUCAUGGGCAGAAAGCACUAUUCAAGAAUAUCACUCUGAUAGACGUGUAUACGUGUAAGCGGUGUUCUUAGAUACACGUGUGAAUCUUCCAGAAUAUAUUUUACUUCAGGUGUAGAAGCAAAAGGAGUGGGAUUUUUACCACUUAAAAUAGAACAAAUAUGUUCCUCUCCCAGAAGGAUUUACUAGUGAAUGUACCAAUACAGGACAAAUAUUAUCAAUUCUACAGAUUAGGUUCUAUGCUUAGAUAUUCCAUUGCUUGGGUAUCAGACACAAAUAUACUUCUUGCUAAAAAUUAAAACUAAAUUUCUCUCAAAGUGACUGUUUCUACAAGAGUUUGUAUUGAUAAUUUUUAUCCUAGUAGCACACUGAAGCUUUGAUUUACAAAUCAGAAACCUGCCAUGGUAAAGAAUCAUACUGAGAAGAAAAAAAAAAAAAGACAUGACCAAAGACCUAAGGCAA